AUGGUGUAUGCAGAACUUGCGCCACCAGUUCAAAAGCAGCCAAGAGCCAACCGGAAGCGUGUAGAUAGCAUUACUUUAGUCAAUAUAGCUCAGUACUUCCAUCUUCCAAUCAAAGAAGCGUCAAAGGCUCUCAAGAUUGGAGUGAGCGCACUGAAGACAAAAUGCCGGCAAUAUGGGAUACCUCGCUGGCCUCACCGGAAAAUCAAGUCCCUUGACUCUCUCAUUCAUGACCUUGAGUAUGUGCUGACAACAGAGGAUGGGCAUCAGGACGAGUGGCUUCAGAAUAAGAAUGCUGCUGCAAUAAAAGCCCUCAAAGAGAAAAAGAAGUUGCUGGAGAGUGAGAAGGAGGCUAUACGACAGAAGCCGGCCUUGGACCUGAGGACAGAAACCAAGCUGUUCAGGCAACUUGUUUUUAAGAGGAAAAACAAUGCAAGGCUCAAAGUGAAGGACUAA